CCCAGCACGUUACUUCACGGUUGUGAAAAUGUCCUUGUGAAUGUGUUGUGGGAUUGUCUGUUUGCCCUGACUCAAUCAAGAGUAGUAUUUUCUUUCGUUUGCUUCAAAAUGACAAGCAGAGGUACCCCGAGUCGCUUUCUAAAAAGCGUGCUUCAGAAUGGUGUUGGCCGCUACGUUUGUCAGCUGAAGCGCAUUUCUCUCGUCUUCUCCAAGAAUGCUCAGAGUUCCCUGGGAGCAAGACAUUUUAUAGAGGAAGGUGUUGUGGACUUCGCCAAAAAGAACCCUGGCACCGUGGUGUACAUCUCCCCAGAACCCUGCAGGAUACCAAGGAUAGUGGCAGAGUACUUGAACGGCACGGUGAGAGAGGAGGCGAUCACCAGCAAGACGUCCCAGCAGAUCUCGGAGCUGGUGACCAAGAUGGCCAACCAGUCGGGACUGGACAUCAUUCGCAUCCGCAAGCCGUACCACACAGACUCCCCCAGCAUCCAGGGCCAGUGGCACCCCUUCACCAACAGACCCCCCGCCGACGGGUUCAUCCGUCCGCCAGGGAAGGAGACCAGCUCGUGAUGAUCAUGGGACCGCCGCUAUUUAUUAUGUUCAUGAAAUGUUUCAUGAUGAGAGAGGUGGUGUUUGGGUAUUUCUCAAAGUGAAGUGUUCUAGCCUUGCGAGUGUGUGUGUAAAGCCCAUUUUUUGCGGAUUUCACCAAGGUGUACCCAAUAAUGAAUUACAAUUAGAACUAGGGAUGCACCGAUACUGGUCUCUGUAUCGGCACCCGAUACUGCUCAUUGUACUCGUACUCGUACUCGUCAAGCACUUGCCAAUACCAGGAACGAUAUUACUAUUACACAAAACAAUGCAAAAUCUUGUCACGUUCUGCGAACUUGAAAGCAGCAUGGAAAAAAGUGCCACCUCAUACAUUUACUAACAUUUAAAUCUACAUGGAAAUGGACAAUAAAAAUAUCACAGGUGGAAAAAAACAAGGCCAUGCAUUUAUUUUCAUUGUAUUUUGGUGAUAAAAGGUAUCGGUAUCGGUACUCGUUAUCGGCAAGUAAACACAUUAAUGUACUCGUACUUGUAUCGGUUUUCAAAAAAGUGGUAUCUGUGCUUCCCUAAUUAGAACUAGUUAUUGGAUACUCCUUGGUGAAACCCGCAAAAAAAUGGGCGAUACUCGCAAUAGCAAGGCUAGAACACUUUGAGAAGACUUUGAUAAAUACCCUGUGUGUCCUGGGGUGACGGGGUAUUGAUUAUACUGAGUAUAUGUGAGUUGUGAAUCACUCGUGGGGCCACAGGUCACUGCAAUCGUGAUGGCGCAGAAGUAAUCAAAACCUUGUAGAAUGAUGUAGUGCUGCACACAUUUGCGCAGAUUCGAUAAUUUCUGCAACAUCAUUAACACAGUGUACGGCGUAUGACCAGAAGUGGGGUGGGGUGGCUCCUGUCAUCAGAUGAGACCACAGAGCUGUAUGGACUGAACUGGGGCUUUCUGCAAAGCUGCAGAUGCCACUUUAUCUUUACACAGAGAGAACGAAAUGACUGGACAGUUCUUGGGCCAAAGAAGAAGUAGAACUUGGCAAUUGCAUCCGUUGCCAUGGCUGCUACACUUACACAUGUGGAUGAUGUGGAUGCUGCUUUCAGUGCAGCAACACUGAUGAAUACUCUUCCCUGACUUAUUUUGACAUGCGCAUCAAUGUAAAGUGUAUAUUGGAGGACAAGAAGUCAUGAGAACCGACAAUUAAAGUGUUUGUUUUUUCAAAU